AUGGCUACGUGUUCCACAUCCAACAUAAAUUUCGUCGGAUCACCUCGCGAGCUUCGGAAUGCCGUCCUACCGUGCAACUCGAUAUGGUGGACCAGGGGCAUCAAAGCCUGUAUUCUCCAGCGAAUCAAAGCCGGAUGUGGGUCGAUGACCACGUCACAAGACGUGGUUGAGGUCUUCGAAGAAUAUGUCUAA